AUGGCCAGUUUCUUCGACAUCCGAGCACGACAGGCGGCUGCUGCGGCAAAAGCGAGCUCAUCAAAGGACACGUCCCCGGCACAAGACAACCGACUGCAGCCAUGGGUUGAGAAGUACCGCCCCAAAUCACUCGACGACGUCACCGCCCAAGACCACACCGUCACUGUCCUCCGAAGAACGCUGCAAUCCGCCAAUCUCCCGCACAUGCUCUUCUAUGGUCCUCCGGGAACUGGCAAGACGUCCACCGUGCUCGCACUCGCUAAGCAACUCUAUGGCCCCGAUCUGAUCAAGACUCGAGUCUUGGAGCUCAACGCAUCUGACGAGCGUGGUAUCAGCAUCGUCAGGGAAAAGGUGAAGGAUUUCGCCCGUAUGCAGCUGUCAAAUCCCCCGUCUGGUCCUGCGGGAGAAGAAUACAAGAAGAAAUACCCAUGCCCACCCUACAAGAUCAUCGUGCUGGACGAGGCGGACAGCAUGACACAGGACGCCCAGAGUGCGUUGAGGAGGACGAUGGAGACUUACAGCAAGAUCACACGCUUCUGCUUGGUCUGCAACUACGUGACGAGGAUCAUCGAUCCACUGGCCUCGAGAUGCAGCAAAUUUCGGUUCAAGAGCUUGGAUGAGGGCAACGCAGCGAAGAGAAUCGAGGAUAUUGCCAAAUUGGAAGGCGUGAAGCUGCAGAAUGGCGUUGUGGAGACGCUGCUCAGAUGUAGCGAGGGAGAUCUCCGUAAAGCUAUCACCUUCCUGCAGAGUGCAGCAAGACUCGUUGGCGCGGUACAGUCGGCUGCCCCGGAGAAGAAGCGCAAACGCAAGACCGUGGCAGACGAUGAUGAAGAUGAUGCUAUGGAUAUUGAUCCUGCACCUGCAGACACGAUGCCAGUCACAAUCUGUGCCAUCGAGGAGAUUGCGGGUGUCAUCCCAGACGAGACAAUCGACCGCCUGCUUACAGCCAUCACGCCGAAGUCGAAGUCUGCGACCCCUCCCUAUGGACCCAUUGCGCAGGCCGUGGAGGACUUGGUGGCAGAAGGAUGGUCUGCCUCACAGAUCGUCAAUCAGCUCUACGAUAAGAUCGUAAUCGUCAACGAGAUCGUUGGCGAUGCGGCGAAGAACAGAAUCGUGCUGUGCUUCUCAGAAACGGAUAAGAGAUUGGUGGAUGGGAGUGACGAGCACCUGACGAUUUUGGAUCUCUGCUUACAGAUAGCGGGCAUUCUCUCUCACGAUCGAUAG